GACUCUAGUUCACAAAGAAAGAAACACUUUGUCACACCACACAAAAUAGCAGAACAAUGUCUCGAUUCCAACCACAACAAGAAUCUGUGACUCCUCAAGACCAAAAUGUACCAAAGAAUAUCACCAUUAUCCUAUCGUCGAAUCCUGAACAUGAGGCUACUCCUCCGUCUCUUGAUUUGUCCGAUACUCAUAGAAAUACUCUAGCAUUGCCAGUCCACGAAUCUACAAUCGAGCAGAUCAACUCCGGGUAUAGCGCAGUCCCAUCAACCCCUCCACGCGAAUCAUCAGAGAAGAUAUUUCUAGACUCGCGACCAGUACCAAACAACCCAUCAACACCCAGCAGGACCAACACCAACCGCGCGCACAAAUCGGCACAACUACUCCAGCAAUCCCACGCUCCCGCUGCCGAUCUCCAAAAAACUCUCAGCCGCGUCUCGAACCCCCUCUCCCGCUUCCCGCGCUACUUCCUCGAAGCCAUCUUCCUCAUCGGGAACCAACCCCGUGGAAAACUAAUUCUCUAUUCCCUCGUUCUACUCGCGUGUUGCCGCACUGGAACACUGAAAUUCGGAUACUAGCUAUCAGAGGUUUAGAUGGAUGGUUAGCGACUCUGGGUUAUUGGUCUGCGCGGAAAAUUUUUAAUGUUGUGAGACUUCUCGGA